CGGACUUCUCAGAAAGAUUUCUAGGAACUGAACAUGUCUCCAGAGACCGGAUCCCUCCUGCUACUCCUCCUGAUCUGUGCAGGAGCCACCGCUUUAAUUCCAACCACUGCAGACCCCACCGAGGAUAAAGAAUUGUUAGGUAUGCGGCCUCCGGGGAAACCUUACGAGAAACCUGGUAAGUGUCCUGCAAAUGUGAAAUUCCCAGUUGAUGGCUCCACGUUGAAGAAUGAAUGUAGGAUGGAUGGAGACUGCAAAGGCAAGAUGAAGUGCUGCUUCUCAGGGGGUAGAAGACUAUGUCUGCUGCCAUUGGACGUCAAGAAUAAUGCCUGCCCAUACUCUGAUGGCUCAGAGUGUAUAACUACGAAAUUUUCACCCUGGUGCCAGAGUGAUGACCAGUGCCAAGGCACCGACCGAUGCUGUUAUUACAAGUGCAGGGCCCAGUGCACUCCAACCGUGAAAGUAAAACCUGGAUUAUGCCCACCUACUAGAAAAUGUUCUUUUCCCCUACCGAAACCAAAGUGUAAAAGUGACAGUGACUGUAAAGGAAAGAAGAAGUGCUGCACCCCAUGGUGCAGGCUGGAGUGUACCGAUCCCUGGACACCUGAGGAUUAUGAAUUCCCAGAAGUAGUCUGAAGAUUGGAGAGAUCCAGGCGGAGACUAUCAUGCUUCUCAUCAGAGACACUUCCUCUAGGCCCAUAAUGAAUUCCCUGCAAAUGUCUGAAGUUUCCUUCAUGUCAGCAAUACACCUUCUGCUAAUUAAUAAAGAUAAUUUGAAGUGUCA